AUGGAGUCGUCAGAUGAGUCUGACUUUGAUGGGUUCGACGAACAGGACAUCGACGAGGCAAACGCGAGAUGUAUGUUAAAACAGCAAGAACUUGAACAGGUUGAAUUAUAUAACAAAUCAGACAUUGAUUUUUCCGAUAAUUCUGAUGAUGAGGAGGAGGAUACUGCCGACUUCAGUGACAAUGAAAUCGAAAGUGAAAAUGGUGGCGACCCAUAUUUAGAAAAUUUGAACUUUGAAUGGACUCGUACAUUAACGGAGGUUAUUUUGCCAGAUUUCAAUGAAAUUACCAGAGUUAAACAUGGCCUUCAGUCUGAUGCAAACCAACUUCAGUAUUUUCAAUGGUUUUUACCGCAAUGUUUCUUCGAAAGUGUAGCAGAAGAGACUAAUAGAUAUGCUCAACAAAAAGGGCCAGAUCCAAAAUGGACGCCGACGUCAGCCUCUGAGGUAAGGGCGUUCAUUUCAGUAAACAUUAUGAUGGGUGUGCGUCGGCUCCCUAGACUUGCGAACUAUUGGAGCACUGAUAAACGAUUUUCAGAUCCAUAUAUUAGCUCCAUAUUUCCAAAGAGUAGAUUCAUCAUCAUGAAUAGAUACAUUCACCUGCGUGACACUAGCAAUGUUCCAGGGAGGAACGAUCCUGAAUAUGACCCAUUGUUCAAAGUGAGAAAUAUGAUAGACUUCAUAGUCCCCAAACUACAAGAAAACUACAAUCCAGGGCAGAAACUUUCUAUAGAUGAAGGCAUGAUUGGAUUUAAAGGAAGAGUUCACUUCAGGCAGUACAUGCCAGCUAAACCUACUAAAUGGGGAAUCAAAGUUUGGCAGAUAUGUGAGGCAGAUACGGCAUACUGUUGCAAGUUUCAAAUAUACACCGGAAAAAAACUUGGCGGGGAUAGGCAGUAUGGGCUAAGGUAUGAUGUAGUUUGGAGCUUGUCUGAGUCCUACCACAAUCAGAACAGACAUUUGUACUUUGAUAGAUUCUUUUCAUCAGUGACAUUGGCUGAGCAUCUAGAACUUGUGAAUACCUAUGUCUGCGGAACUAUAAUGUCAAAUAGAAAAGGUGUUCCAGAUGAUGUAAAAAAGGCAAAACUGAAAAGAAGAGGGGAGCUUGUACAGGUACAGAAAGGAAAUCUGCUUGCUACAGCAUUCAAGGAUAAAAGACAAAUAACAUUUUUGCCAACAUCUCAACAGCCAAAUAUGAACGAGGAUCUUCAUAAACCUCACGUGAAUGUCUCGUACAAUAGGCCGUAUCACGGUUAUUAUCCCCCUUGUGUACCGCCAGAGGGCAGUACGUCUCGCAUUACUUCCGGAUAG